ACGUCUCGGUGGGCGUGGUCACCUGGUACCGCCCCCUCGUCUCGAGCCACGCGCUUCCCCCUGGCAGUUUGUCCGUGAGAGAGGCGGGGAGAAACUGGCGAAGAGACCUGGACUGCGCGAGAGACGCUGUUAGUUCUGUGCACCCUGCUCUGCAAGUUGCCACCAUGGAGAUGAGCCAAUCUGGAGAGGCGAGGAAUAAGGGCGAAUCUUGUACCACGUGGAGGGCGCUGUCCUCAGAGGGCACCGCCUCCAUCUGCAUCAAAUCACCGCAAGUCCGGGUCACCUCCCUGCUCAGCUCUCCCAUCAGCUGCUUUGGGUGGGGCUGCUCCAUACACAGAGACAAAGGGGGCAGAAGAGACUCAAGCUCGAGACCAGGAAGAGGAGCUGGGACCGAGCGAGGGAGCCACGCAGGCCAGCGUGGGGGUGUUCAACAUGGGGCUCACGCCUGGGGGGUGCUCGUGCCGCUGCUGCUCACCAAUGGCUUCAGCGUGGAGGCGCCGUUGGGCCGCACGCGCGGCGAGGCCGAGCAGCUGGCGGCCAAGGUGCGCGUCCCCUUCUCCAGCAGCAGCUGCAUGGGCGGCGUGCCGCUCCACCAGCUCGGGGACCUCACGCGCAUCUUCAACCCGCCAGAGCUCAGCUGUCGGAUCGCGGUCAAGGCCCUGGGAUCAGCUCCCACUCGAGAGUGGUCCUCCCCUGGCUGCUGUUUGUGCUGCGACUGUUUAGGACCGGUAGAGCGGACUGCUUCUGGUCUCCCACCCAGUAACCCUGCUGUCUCUUUACCCCAUUGUCACCCAACCCAGCAAACUCACCGACACUGUUACCUCAUCCAUCAGACACAAACCCCCAUACUUUCUCAAACAAUGGCAUCUCCAAUCUUAUGUUAAUUCUGUUCCUGCAGUCUUCCACAAUUCAUGAUAUUUGUUUCAUAGGUAUCCACCUGUUACUCGUAGCUUAAACAUUAAUCACAGACAUGCAAAAAUAUCUACAUGCUAGUAACGCCAUUUAGCACAGCACUAUAGUAUAAAAUACAUUAAAAAACAAUACAUGUUUAUAUUGUUGAUUAGUUUGCGUGUUGAAACCAAUCCUGGUCGCAUUACUGCCUCACCUUUCCCAUUACAUUUCCACUAUCGUAGAAAUCUACUUUAAUUUAUCCACUGUAUAAAAAUGGCUUAAAAGAGGAUCCUAGUAAUUAUAGACCCAUAUUUUUUUCAACAGUUACUAAAAUACACUGGUUCUUUCGGUAAAGUCACGUAGGUAGAAAAAAAAUAAAAAUAUAUAUCACGACGUUUCGAUCGUAACACAAGCGGUCGUCCUCAGGCGGAAAAAAAUUAUCCAGCAGUGGAACUGCUGAACUAGGCUGAACCAGGUUCAGCAGUUCCGAGGCACACGACCGCUUGUGUUGUUCUGAGGACGACUGCUUGUGUUGCGAUCGACACGUCGUGAUAUAUAUUUUUCUUUUUUCUAUCUACGUGACUUUACCGAAAGAACCAAAGAGUAUGGAUUCCUGCAGUCACGCAAGCUUCAAAUCAAGUUACUAAAAUAUUCGAAAAACAUACAUCCAAAAUAAACUGCUGCCGAAAAGCUCACAAUGUCAUGCACAGCAAAGUCUAGUUUUCAAGAUUACAGCACCACCACAGCUAUGGAUGUUUAAAAUGUUCUCAUCAGUAAACUGGAUAAAAGGUCACUACUGCUGUGCAAUAUUCAUUACCUUUUCAAAAGCCAGUUGAAAAUUAUAUUCCACUCACAAUUCUUGGUCAAUUACGGUUUUCAGAUUCAACAAUAAAAUGAUAUAAGUUACCUCUCAGACCGUUCUUAAAUAAGUACAUAGUGUAAAGGAGUUCCUGAGACGUCCAUUUUAACAAGGGUAAGUCUUUAUUUCCAUGUAGUAAGUACAAACAGUUCCGUUGAACCCAGCCCAGCUGCACUCCGCCUUGGUCGUCUUUCUUCAGUCUUGUCCCAGCCUUGCACCCACAACUGAGUUCAGGCUCCCUCUUUAUAAACCCUCCUUAGGCCCCGCCCCUAAUCAGACCGUGUCCCUCCCACGUGGACAGACCACCUGCUCUUAAUUAACUCAACGUGUGCGUUCCCCUAUAUUUCCCCUUACAGUUUCCCAUUCUUACGCAGCCACUGUAUCGCAACGCGUGCCCCAACCAUACCUCUGACAUACAGUCCCCUACAAUAGUAAUAACGUCUCGUCCACAAAAAUUAACAAAACAAAUUGCAUUCCACAAGGUUGCGUGCUGGGUCCAAUUCUUUUCUUAUAUUUGAAUGAUUUGGACUAAACUUAAAAUUAGUCAGAAUUAAGUAUCUUUGCUGGUAACAUUGUCAUGUUCGUAUCGGAUAAAUUUCCAAAGUCAAACAAUCUCCAACACGAUUUUGAAUUGAUUCAAUAAUCAAUUGUCAUUACUAAAAUGUAUCCGAAAUCCCAAAAUCACUAUCAUCAUGUUAUUUUCAUCAAACAAGAGUCUCGUUUAAUUCCCUUAACCUAUUAUGGAUAUCAGAAAAAAACAUCAUUGAACAGAGUGCUCCAAAUACUUGGUUUUAUUCAUUAAAAACUCACAUGACAACCCCACAUUGAUCACACGUCAAAUGCAAUGAAAUGCAAAUUAGGGAUUUAAUACAGAAACAGUUUUCUCCUUCGAUUAGGCCUGCAAAUUGCUGAAACUAUCAUUCUACCACAUUUUGACUCCCGUGAUGCUGCUUACAAAUCAACUACUAAUGAAACACUAAACAUAAUAAACCCGCUUUAUCAUUCUGCUCUUUGAUCUGUACUGGAUUUACCAUACAGGACCCACCAUUGUGACCUCUACUUAUAAAGAUUGGAAAAUUACGCAUUAUACUGACCUAAUCCAUCUACCCCAUGGUCAAACCCACGCAACCUAAGACGCCCAUUGAAUUGAGCUUUAACUAUUCCAAGAACAAGAAUUGGAAUGGGUAACAAAAGUCUUUGUCAGUGCAGCACCAUCAAUGUUUUGGAAUAACCUUGGAUCCUCCCUUAACAUCCGUAAAUCUUCCUUAAAAAUAAUAUGAAGCAGAAGCUUA